AUGGCAAGAUUUACUAAAUCAGAUGGUGUCAGUGCUCUAGUGCGUGAUAUAACUGGGGUGGCUGAAUUCACCAUUCAGAUUGGUCAUCAAAAUGGAACACAUAUGGAAUAUUUACCAUAUCCUGAUAAUAAUUUUCAUGAAGAUGUUGAUGCAUAUCAUCAAAGAACUGGUAAAUUUACUAUUGAACAUAUACAUUGUCGUAAUGGACAAGCAUUCGUUCCUAAUGUUCAAGUUCACGUUAAAUCCAUUACGUCUGAACGUACUCAUGCAGGUUUUAUAGAAUGUCAUCAUACAUAUUUAGAUCAAGAUGAAAAUGAUCGAUAUCCAUGUUUUCCAACAAAAUAUGAUCGAAUUGUAUAUGUCAUGGAUAAUAUUGUUGGCGAACGUUGUGCUAUUCUUCGCGAUUAUCUCAAUAAAGUUCUUCAACAUCCUAAAUUUCGUACACAUCAAGCAACGUGUGAAUUUUUCAAUGUAAGUUGUUUAUCACAUAUCGAUGGCUUAUCAUCAAGUCGAAAAGAAGGUUACCUAAUAAAACGAUCUAAAGAUUAUUAUCAUGAUGGGUAUAAUUUCUUUCGUCAAUCAUCUUUUGCUGAUUCAUUUAUAGAUCAUCGUGAUCGAAAAUGGUUUAUUAUUAAAGAUAGUUAUAUAGUUUAUAUGCGACCAGAUACAUAUGAAGUAGGAUUUCCAAUGUUAGUUGAUCAUAAUUUUCAAAUUAUAAAUGGUCUUCGUCAUGUUGGAAUUCAUCAUGGUAUUAAAAUAACAAAUUUACAACGUACAUUAGUUGUUAAAUGUCAAACAGCAUAUGAUUGUGAAGAAUGGAUGCAACAUUUAAAAAAUUUAAUUGAACAAGCAAAUAGUUUUUGUGGUCCAACAGUAAAUCGAUUUGAUUCAUAUGCACCUAUUCGAGAAAAUCAAUUAGCUUAUUGGUUUAUUAAUGGUAAAUCAUAUAUGGAAGCUGUUGCUAAAGCACUUUUAACAGCUAAAGAUGAAGUUUUUAUUACUGAUUGGUGGCUUUCACCAGAAAUUAUGAUGAUAAGACCAACAGAUGAUCAAACAUAUCGUCUUGAUAAUAUAUUAGGAAGAAUAGCUGAUGCAGGAGUUCGUGUUUAUGUGAUGGUUUUUAAAGAAAUCAAACAUAUUAUAUCUUUGAAUAGUUUACAUACAGAAAAAACAUUAAUUUCUAAAAAUAAAAAUGGAUUUAUUAAAGUUAUUCGACAUCCAAGUCAUACUACUACGAAUGGAGUACUUUUAUGGACUCAUCAUGAAAAAAUGGUUGUCAUUGAUCAAAAGAUUGCUUUUGUCGGUGGAAUUGAUUUAUGUCAUGGACGUUGGGAUGAUGAAUAUAUGCGUCUUGUCGAUUUGGGCGAUGAAAAUGAUACAACAUUGAACUCACCAUUUCAAAUACCUGAAGAAAACGUAACGACCGGCGAAAGAAAUAUAGCAGAAGCAGCACAAAGAAAUAUGACACAAAUGACUGAACAAUCUGAUGCAAUACUUAUUAACAAUGGUAAUCGUUUGAUAGCAGCAUUGGGAGCUCAAUAUGAAACAAAUGGAAACAUUAAAUCUACUGAUUUAACUUAUACACAUAGAACCGAACGUUGUAUGAAAUCAAUAGCUAGCAAAUGGAAACAAUCCAAAUUGAUAGGAGCUGAUGAAAAUGAAAAUGAUAGUGAAUCAAAUAGCGAUGAAUCAACAACAUCUGACGAAAGCAUAUCUAAACACGACAAAAAAGCUACUAGACGGCGACGACGAAAACGAUAUGCUGCAAAAUGGCGACAAUUAGUUCAAAAUGUGCGAAUAAAUAGUGAAGCUUCUGAUGAUGAAGAGACUGUCGAAGAACAACAAUCUAUUAUGAGUUCAACAUUUGCAGCUAAUAGAAAAUAUCGAUAUUUUAUUGGAAAAGAUUAUUCAAAUGUAUAUCAACAAGAUUUUAAAGAACUUGAUAAUCAUAGUAAAGAUUAUAUUGAUCGAAAAUCAGUACCUCGUAUGCCAUGGUAUGAUGAAGCACUAGUUGUAUUUGGUCAAGCAGCUCGUGAUGUUGCAAGACAUUUCAUUCAACGAUGGAAUAUUCAUAAAUAUGAAAAAAAAUUAAACAAUAAUUCAUAUCCAUUUCUAUUACCAAGAGCUUAUGAUGAUGAACAAGAUUUAACUAUUAAAAAUUGGAGAGAUUUUCUUGAAAAUAAACCGUUUCGUGUCAAUGCUCAAUGUGUUCGUUCCGUUGGACUAUGGUCAGCAAGAAUGAAAACACCAGAAUCUUCUAUUCAAAAUGCAUAUAUACAAAUGAUUGAUGCUGCUAAACAUUUUAUAUAUAUUGAAAAUCAAUUUUUUAUUACUAUUGCUAAUGAUCGACAAGUUCAAAAUGAAUUAGCUGAUGCUCUUUUUCGACGUAUACAACAAGCACAUACACAAAAACAAAAAUUUCGUAUUUAUGUUGUUCUACCUCUUCUUCCUGGUUUUGAUCGACUCGAUGCUUCAAAAGCUAUACUUUUUUAUAUCAUGCGUUCGAUAACUAAAGGUGAUAAAUCAUUGUUUAGUCGACUACAAAAAGCAGGUAUUCCACCAAGAGAUUAUAUUAAUUUUUUUGGUAUGCGUAAUCAUGAUAUUCUUAUGGGUCGUUUAGUAACUGAAAUCAUAUAUGUUCAUUCAAAAUUAAUGAUUAUUGAUGAUCGUAUGGCUAUAUGUGGUAGUGCAAAUAUCAAUGAUCGUUCAUUACUUGGUGAACGAGAUAGUGAAUUAUGUAUGGUAAUAAAUGAUGUUGAAGAAAAAGAUAGUCGAUUUAAUGGACAAUCAGUUCGUGUAGGAAAAUUUUGUUCAAGUUGGCGUCGAAGAAUUUUUAAGAUGUUAUUAGGUAUUCAAUAUGAUAAUCCAAAUAAUAUUGAUGUAACUGAUCCAAUAUCAGAUGAAUUUUAUUCUUAUUUUCGUAAUGUAGCGAAAAAAAAUACGCUCAUUUAUGAAAAAGUUUUUGCUACAAUACCAACUGAUCAUAUUAGAAGAUUUUGUCAAAUAUCUGCAUAUAAUAAAAUGACAACAAUGAACAAUACUGAUCCAAUACAAGCACAACAAGAAUUGAAAGGUAUUCAAGGUUUUGUUGUUGAAUAUCCACUUUACUUUCUUGAUGAAGAAAACUAUUUACCUAAUAUGACAUCUCUCGAAGGUGAGAAUUUUAUUAUUAAUGAUGGUUUUAAAUAG